AUGAAGCUCAAGCACCCUUCUAAUUCGGCAUCGCAAACCCUGACUUCAUCGGACACGCGCCUCCUCGUGCGCGAGUCCCUUCGCAUCAGCGCCGACCUAGCAUCGGCGGCUCCGCCAUCAUCCGCCGCUGCUUCUGGGGCGGCUCAAGAGCGGCCGUUGGUUCCUGAUUCCAGCUUUGCUGGGCUCGUCAAGGAUCAAUUCCUCGAUUCGAGCCUGAGGUUGAUCUGCUGCGAGGAGGUUGAUGGCAGGCGGUGGCAAUACCUCGCCGAAAAUAGCUACAACGAUGGCAUCAAAAGUAGUGGCGCCAAGCAAUCGAAGAAGAAUUCCAUUCGUGCUGUUAGUUUGCAGACUCCCCAGGCUCCCAUUGAGGAGCUGAUGACAUUUAUAAGGUCCUAUGUCGUCCCGGAAGGUUUUCCUGACAGUGUGACACCUUCUUAUGUGCCAUACAUGACAUGGAGAGCUUUGAAGCACUUCUUUGGUGGAGCUAUGGGUGUUUUUACUACGCAAACACUCCUUAGCUCACUUGGGGUAUCUAGAAAUACUUCAUCAGGCGCUGUAGCUAUCAAUUGGAUCCUCAAGGAUGGUGCUGGACGGGUUGGAAAGAUGCUUUUUGCCCGCCAAGGAAAGAAAUUUGAUUACGAUCUAAAGCAGCUUAGAUUUGCUGGUGAUCUCCUAAUGGAGUUAGGAGCUGGAGUAGAGUUGGCAACAGCAGCUGUUCCCCAUCUAUUUCUUCCAUUGGCAUGUGCAGCUAAUGUUGCUAAGAAUGUUUCUGCUGUGACUUCAACUUCAACUCGAACUCCAAUUUACAAAGCCUUUGCUAAGGGAGAAAAUAUUGGAGAUGUGACUGCCAAGGGAGAAUGUGUUGGAAAUAUUGCUGAUCUGCUUGGAACUGGACUCAGCAUAAUGAUUUCUAAAAGGAACCCAUCCUUGUUCACUACAUUUGCUCUGCUCUCUUGUGGAUAUCUGAUGAGCUCGUAUAAAGAGGUCAGAUCAGUUGUUUUGCACACACUUAAUCGUGCACGAUUCACCGUGGCUGUGGAAUCCUUCCUGAGUACAGGGCAAGUUCCCAGUUUGGAAGAGGGAAAUUUAAAAGAAAAUAUUUUCAGUCCUCCAUGGAAAAACCACAGACCUAUUGUUCUUGGACCACGUUUUAAAGAUGCCUUCCAAGAUCCCAAUUCAUAUCUCAUGUUGGAACCAAUUUUUGAGAAAGAACGAUACAUUGUGACCUGUAAUCCUUCUAAAGGAAAAAUCUAUGCUUUGUUCAAGGAUCAAGCAAAGUCUGAUGAUAUACUGAAAGCAGCUUUUCAUGCUCAUGUGCUCCUUCACAUCAUCUGUUCCUCCAAUCAGAACUCACCGACCUCUAGAACACGAGAACAUGAUCUUUCAGUUGUAUCCCCUACGUUGGGUGAUCUUCAGUCUCAUAUUGCGGACUCAUACAAGAUGGUUUCAGCUUUAUAUGAGCCUUUUAAAAACAAAACUAAAGAACAGGGAUGGGUUAUGUCAGAAUCUCUACUUAACCCUGGCAGAGCUCGCUUAUGUGAGUUGGUGAGAUGA